AUGUGCCGUUGUUCGUGCUACGUGGUCACGUGCCCGCGUCAGUAUCCGUUCCCCGUGACAAACGCGCUCACAGCUAAUUUCCACACACUUGGCUCCCGCAUCGCAAGAUCUUUAGAGCUCUUCGGUCCGCAGACUGACUCCACCUCAUUGCAACCACAGCUUCGCAUGUUCGCAAACCCCGCCGCCGCUCCCGCAGCGUCGCUUGGCUUCGCGCCCUCACAGCAGCCUCAGCAGUCCCAGCAACCGCAGCACGCCCAGCAAGCCCAGCAAGCCCAACAGGCCCAGCAAGCUCAGCAGCCCGGAUCCACUGCUGCCGCCGCCGCCGCCAAGGCCAACCUCCACGCGCUUGACGACCCCAAUGUCUACCACUGGAUCUGCCAGCUCACCUACGGCCCCAACAAGGAGCAGGCGCUGCUCGAGCUCGGCCGCAAACGCGAGCAGUACGAAGACCUCGCCGUCGUGCUGUGGUCCUCGUUCGGCGUCAUCACCGCGCUGCUCAACGAGAUCACCUCCGUCUACCCCAUGCUCUCGCCCCCCGUGCUCUCCAAUCAGCUCAGCAACCGCGUGUGCAACGCGCUGGUGCUCCUCCAGUGCGUCGCGUCCCACCCGGAAACCAAGAAUCUUUUCCUGCAGGCCCACAUUCCGCUGCUGCUCUUCCCCUUCCUCAACACCACCUCCAGACAGCGCACCUUCGAGUACCUGCGUCUGACCUCGCUCGGCGUCAUUGGCGCUCUCGUCAAGAUCGACUCCGCGGAAGUCAUCGCCUUUCUGUUGAGGACCGACAUCAUCCCGCUCUGUCUUCGCAUCAUGGAGUCCUCCUCCGAGCUCUCCAAAACUGUCGCCAUCUUCAUCCUGCAAAAGAUCCUGCUGGAUGACGCUGGCCUGCAAUAUAUAUGUGCUACCCCGGAGCGCUUCCUCGCGGUUUCCCAGGUGCUGACAUACAUGGUUGAGCAGCUAACACUUCAGCAGACGCCCGGGCGUCUCCUCAAGCACGUUGUGAGAUGCUAUCUGCGCCUGAGUGACAACCUCGAGGCCAGAAGACUCCUAAAGCAGGUCUUGCCCCGCCAGCUCAAGGACAACACAUUUGGAGAGGUCCUCAGAGACGACCUCGGCACCAAGCGCUGCCUCGCACAGCUUCUGCUCACGCUCAAUGAGGACUAA